AAGAUUCUACACGUGCAAUUAUUCUUGACCUUUGACCUUACACUUACAGUCUAGUUCCAGUUAAGUAAUUCUGCACACAUCAAAAUGGCUUUCCUCAGUAAGCUCAGUCUUGAUACUCUGAACCUUAGGGACAAGAGGGUUCUAAUGAGAGUCGAUUUCAAUGUGCCAUUGGAAGGAAAUACUAUCACAAGCAACCAAAGGAUUGUAGCUGCACUGCCAAGUAUUCAGUAUGCCCUUACCAAUGGAGCAAAGAGUGUUGUGCUCAUGAGCCACUUGGGCAGACCAGAGGGCACCAGGAAUGACAAGUAUUCUCUUGCACCUGUGGCCCAAGAGCUGAAGGAGCUUUUGGACAGGGAGGUUACUUUCCUGUUGGACUGCGUUGGACCAGAAGUGGAGGCUGCAUGUCUAAAUCCGACCAAAGGGUCAGUCAUAUUGCUGGAAAAUCUUCGGUUUCACGUGGAAGAAGAAGGCAAGGGUAAAGACACUUCUGGGAAAAAGAUCAAGGCUUCAGAUGCAGAUGUGCAGGCUUUUAGGGCAUCUCUGACUAAACUGGGUGAUGUAUAUGUGAAUGAUGCGUUUGGGACAGCUCACCGUGCCCAUAGCUCCAUGGUGGGGAUAGACCUCCCACAGAGAGCUUCAGGGUUUUUAGUCAAGAAGGAGUUGACAUACUUUGGACAGGCUCUUGGUGACCCUAGGAGACCCUUUUUGGCUAUCUUAGGAGGGGCUAAGGUCCAUGACAAGAUUAAACUUAUCGAUAAUCUCUUGGACAAGGUCAAUGAAAUGAUCAUUGGUGGUGGAAUGGCUUACACGUUCCUGAAGACACUUUAUGGAAUGAAGAUUGGUGCUUCUCUCUUUGACGAAGAAGGGGCUAGCAUUGUUGGAAAAUUAAUGGCUAAGGCUGAGAAGAAAGGUGUUAAAAUUCAUCUCCCCACUGAUUUCAUCACUGCUGACAAGUUUGACAAAGACGCUAUUACUGGCACAGCAACAGUGGGCUCGGGUAUUCCUGAUGGGUGGAUGGGUCUAGAUGUGGGACCAGACUCCAUAGCCACCUUCUCAGGCAUUAUAACACGUGCUGCCACUGUUAUUUGGAAUGGACCGGUUGGAGUGUUUGAGAUGGACAAGUUUGCUACUGGUUCUAAGAGUGUACUGGAGACAGUGGUACUUGCUACUAAAAAAGGAGCCACUUCCAUUAUUGGUGGCGGCGACACUGCGACAUGUGCUGAAAAGUUUGGCAUGGCAGAGCAAGUGAGCCAUGUGAGUACAGGGGGAGGUGCCAGCUUAGAGUUGUUGGAAGGAAAACAGCUGCCUGGGGUCACUGCCCUGAGCGAUGUGAGUAGUUAGAGUGCCCAACGCACUCGCAGUAGAUCAACUUUCAAAUCAGACUGAUGUCAUGUGUCCAGCAUAGAUUAUGUACUAUUACUCUGCAUUACUGAUUUAUGUUGUUAUAGGAUCGAGCUACUCAUUCACAACUGUGACAAAGAUAGUUCUGUUUUGUUCAACUUCUAUAAUUAUACAUUAUAACAUGUAUAUAAUUUUAGUGCGAA